AUGACCUCUACUCUAGGUCCGCCGCCGCCGUACUACGAGAACCGGGGCUUCCAGCCGGAGCCCCCCUACGCUGCCGGGCAGGCAGCAGGUGCUCCCCCUUACCCACACCAGCUCUUCUCCACCAACCCUCCCUCCGUGCCAAGCUACAUCCCAAGGGUUGCCACCCACCAGUCCACCAGGCCAGCAGCGCCCCCGCCCAGGAGAACCUGUGCAGCCAGUCUAAGGAAAACGAUAAUAAUAAUAUUAUCUAUGUUAAUAGUCAUUUGUUGUGCAAUUGCUGCUUUCUUCAUCUGGUAUUUUGUAGAGAAUCACUGUCUCAGCUCCCUGAUUGAGUGUGGAUCCUCAGGGGUGUGCAUGUCCCCCUCGCAGUGGUGUGACGGAGUGAGCGACUGCCCCAACGGGGAGGACGAGACCCGCUGUGUUAGACUUUUUGGACCAAAUUUUAUUCUGGAAGUUUACUCACCUGUCAGCAAAUCCUGGUAUCCUGUUUGCCAAGAUGACUGGAGUGAUGAUUAUGGGAAGAUUGCAUGCAAAGACAUGGGCUACAGUGUGGAUACAUAUUUCUACAGUCGUGGGGUGGAACCUGAAGUCAGCUUUAAGAGCUACAUGAAGCUGAACACAAGUGCUGGGAAUAUAGACUUGUACAAAAAGCUGUACAGCAGUGGUUCCUGUGCCUCAGGAAAUGUGGUUUCUCUGCGCUGCAUAGCGUGUGGCCUGUCCAGCAAGAGCGCGAGCAUCAUGAACAGGAUCGUGGGGGGCAGCGGGGCCGUGCUGGGGCAGUGGCCGUGGCAGGUCAGCCUGCACGUGCAGGGCACCCACGUCUGCGGGGGCUCCAUCAUCACCCCGCACUGGCUGGUGACAGCAGCACACUGUGUGGAAGGGCGACUGUCUGACCCACACAGCUGGAGGGUUUAUGCUGGGAUUCUGAAUCAGGAUGAGAUGCUCUUCAGGAGUGGACACAAAGUGCAGCUGAUAAUUUCCCACCCAGAUUAUGACACGGACUCUAAAGACAAUGAUGUUGCCCUUAUGAAGCUGGAGACACCACUGAGUUUUACUGAAUCUGUGAGGCCGGUUUGUCUGCCCAAUCCAGGAAUGAUGUUCCAGCCUAACCAGCAGUGCUGGAUAUCAGGGUGGGGAGCAGAGCACCAAGGAGGUAAAACAUCAAAUAACUUGAAUUACGUUGCGGUGCCCCUAAUAGAACGUUCGAGGUGUAAUGCUGUUUAUAUCUACAAUGGCAUGAUUCUGCCUACAAUGAUCUGUGCUGGAGACCUAGCAGGGGGAAUUGAUUCCUGUCAGCAAAAUGUAAUUUGUAUCCGAGUGCCACCCGACUGA